CGUUGGUCCAAUCACAUGCACGUUGGCACCGGUUGAGAGGCGUGUUCAGAUCCCCUGAUGCCGCUCUGCAGUGAAGAUGGCGGAGAGAGGAGACGGCCAUCUGAAACCAAUAAACAGAGAAAGCCUUUGAGUGUAUGCGGAUUUCAGUAGAGCAUUUGUGUAAUUAGUACUGGCAGAAGAUCUGGCUUCCCAGGAUGGACAGUGUUUAGAUGUGGUCAACUUUUAAGCUGAAUGCAUUGUGAUUUCCAAUAAUUGAGACAGUGAAUUGUAAAAAGCUGUCUACAUUAAUGAAAAGAACAAUGUAGUCAGCUUAGCAUAUUCAACCAUGCACAUGAAUAUUAUUAAAUAGGUGUCUUGAGCUGUGUAAUGUAUUCAUGCAUGUAUUAGGGCUGCAAUUUAUUUUAGCUGAAUUAGACAGAUCCCUUCCCAAUAGCAUUAUCGCAUAAUUUUGAAUAUAGCUUUUUAAAGAAAUUUAACAUGGAUGUGAAUGAGAUUUUACCUCCCCUCCCAUUGGAGCCACCAGAUGCAGUAUUGGCGGGGAAUGAUUUCAGUAAAGCACCUCCACCACCUCCCCUGCAAACGUCCAGUGACGCAGAGGAAAUGGACGUUAGCUCUGGUGGUGAUGGACACCAACACACCCCAGCAGUGGACAGGGAUGAACAGCUCCUUCUCAACAAGCGCACAUUGUCCAUUAGUAGCCGCCUGUCAGAUAAUCCUGACCCCAUGGCCAAGUGCCCUAGAACCGCUCGCCACGCUCCCCCAGUUACCAAGUUCUUACCUGAUCUAAAACUCCUCAAAGAUGUAAAGAUCAGUGUCAGUUUUUCUGACAGCAGCAAGAGCAAAGAUAGGAAGGUGUUGUACACUGGUUUGGGGCAGGUUAGCAAUGAAGAUCAGAGCCUAGAGGGCCUGAAUGGCGAAUUGCAUGAUUCUUUAAAGCAGAGAAGUGUGCCGGGCAGCUCAACCAUGAGCAGCGGUUCCUUAGGUUUAGCUAGAAACAGCGAAGAGCUGGAGACAGAGCAGGAGAACAAGGUUGAGUUUGCUGUGCUGGACGACCUGGAAGAUUUCAGCGAAAACUUUCUGGAAGUGGAAGAUGGAGAGCCGAGUGGUUUCAUGUCUCAAAUGAUAGUUCAGCAGGAGCAAGCGCACGAGGAGGAUCUGAAUUACUCCUAUGAGGAGGACUUUGACAAUGAUGUAGAUGCCCUGCUGGAGGAAGGCAUGCCCAUGCCCAAGAAGAGGCGUCUGGCUGAAGACAAGUACGCUGGAGACAGUGAUCACCAUUCAGACGGAGAGGCUGGAGUUCAGCCCAUGAUGACCAAAAUUAAGACCGUUCUUAAGAGUCGUGGGCGUCCGCCAACUGAGCCGUUACCCGAUGGGUGGAUCAUGACAUUCCAUAACUCUGGCAUUCCAGUCUACCUCCACCGGGAAACCAGAGUUGUGACCUGGUCUAGACCUUACUUCCUUGGAACAGGAAGCAUUAGGAAACAUGACCCACCAACCAGUAGCAUUCCCUGCUUGCACUACAAGAAAAUGAAGGAACAAGAAGAAAGGGAACACAAUGGAGAGGUGACUCCCACAGCAGAGGUGUCUCCAGUGAAAUCUGGGGAGGAGGGCGUCUCAUCGGAGAGAGCCGAUGAGCCUGACUCUACUGCCACAGAAGAGCUGACCUGCAGAUCAACAUCAGAAGAUCCAGAACUUGACAUCAUGGAGCCAGGAGGAUCUUCUGAGGGGAAGGAGAGCCAAGCCAGUGAUACUGCACAAGGAGCGCUGGGCCAGGUCAAAGCCAAGGUUGAGGUCUGCAAAGAUGAGUCUAUUGAAAUUGAGGAGUUUAGAGGCUACCUAGAGAAGUGCUUCGAUUUUGAGCAAGUGACUGUGAAGAAGUUUCGCACAUGGGCUGAGCGCAGACAGUUCAACAGGGACAUGAAGAGGAAACAGGCGGAGUCUGAGAGGCCCAUUCUACCUGCCAAUCAGAAACUUAUCACACUGUCUGUACAAGAUGCUCCCACAAAGAAAGAGUUUGUCAUCAACCCCAAUGGGAAGUCAGAAGUGUGCAUUUUACACGAGUAUAUGCAAAGAGUACUCAAAGUGCGACCAGUUUACAACUUUUUUGAAUGUGAAAACCCAAGUGAACCCUUCGGAGCCUCAGUCAUUAUAGAUGGUGUUACAUAUGGCACAGGAACAGCAAGUAGUAAAAAACUCGCCAAGAAUAAAGCUGCUCGAGCAACACUGGAGAUCCUCAUUCCUGACUUUGUGAAGCAGACGUCUGAGGAGAAGCCCAUAGAGGGAGAUGAACUGGAGUAUUUUAAUCAUAUCAGUAUUGAAGAUUCAAGGGUGUAUGAGCUGACAAACAAAGCAGGUUUACUCUCACCAUAUCAGAUCCUUCAUGAGUGCCUUAAGAGAAACCAUGGCAUGGGUGACACCAGCAUAAAGUUUGAGGUGAUUCCAGGAAAGAACCAGAAGAGUGAAUAUGUCAUGACAUGUGGGAAGCACACUGUACGCGGCUGGUGUAAAAAUAAGAGGGUUGGAAAGCAGCUGGCAUCACAGAAGAUCCUCCAGAUGCUUCAUCCUCACGUGAAGAACUGGGGUUCACUGCUGCGCAUGUAUGGCAGAGAAAGCAACAAGAUGGUAAAAAAGGAGAACUCCGAUAAGAGUGUGAUUGAGCUUCAGCAGUAUGCCAAAAAGAACAAGCCAAACCUCCACAUCCUCAACAAAUUACGAGAGGAGAUGAUGAAACUGGCUCGAGAAAGGGAGGAGGCAAGAAAGAAGCCGAAGAUGACUAUAAUGGAGUCUGCUCAACCUGGCAGUGAACCUCUGUGUACUGUUGACGUCUAGCAAACCCUUAUCCAGCAUCUGACCGCAGAUAGCACUGACCAAUGGUAAUAGUUCUAUAACAAAAGGUCAUCGUACCAUUACUGACUUAUGCAUUACUUUGCAGUGCAAAAUGGCAAUACUAGUUACAUUUUUAUCAGAUUUUUGAGCUCUAUUCCCAGCCCAAUUAUUGCCCAGAAUGAAUGGGUUCAGUUAGUUGUAUACAUGCACAGGGAAGGUAGAAAUGAGCAUUAAAUACCUCCAGAUGCACUUCUGCACCUGAAAGUGCACAAAUAACGGCUGUUGACAAUAAUGCCUAUAUGGAAAACGUAAAAAAUGAUGUAUGUUAAGUAUUACAGAUGCUUUUAAGUUUGUGGCUUUUAGAUGUUAAUAAAAAUGUUGCUUUUCCCUUCUUAAACAGCAAAUAAAUUCAUUUCAUAUUUACUGUGGAACUACAGGUUUCACAUGACAGACUAUCUCAGUACUCCUUACUGAUGCGUUUUACAGACACGUCUGUCAUUUUACAAGGAUUGGUUCCUUAAUGUCAGCUUCUGUGGCAUGCAGAGUUGUUCAUUCAGUGCACGUGAUCUUUUAUCUGGAAAAUAGUUUAUAAUGACUAAAGUGUGUGGGUUUUCUUUAGUGGCCAUGUCUAGUUCUUAUUGGCAUGUGAAGCAUUUAAAUGUUGUAUUUCUAAAGCAUUUCAUAUGCACACUUACCUUCCAACUGCUGUUAAGAAAUGCACUAAUGUUGGAACUAUUUCCUUGUGUGAAAUGAACAAGCUUUUUGUUUUAAUUUUAAUGAAGGGGUGAUGCAUACCAAUGCUCCACUUGUUCAGAAAGCACUGCAGAGAAAACAAGCACAAGUGUUUGAGGUACUAUAGUUAGUGAAGGAAGACAUCAGGGAGAUAGGAUGCUUGUGUACGCUACUUUUAAGUUGUCUUUUUUUUUGUUUUGUUUGUUACAUUUUUAAGCUCUGAUAUAAUCCAACUCUUGCAUUAGAUACUGGUUGGUAAUCUUCAGUAGGAAAAAAUGGUAUAUGUUGCCUUAGUUUGUACCCUUUUCAUUGAUGGUACCUUGUGUUUCAAAAGGGAAACGCCUCACUUGAGUCUGCAUUUGUGAUGCUAUACGUUAUGUAUUUGUGGAGUGACGCUUGCUUUAUGCAUUGAUAUUUUAGAGAAAAUGCCUUCUACGCAUGUGCUUUUUUGCAUUUGUCUUAAAUUCUGUACGGUUUUGUGGACAUUUUGCUGAGACUGGCUCAUUUUAUUCAGAUCUUAUCACAGUGUAUUAUAGUUUGAACUAUAUUCAUUAUUUCAGAAGGCAGUUUACCUAAAAACAAAGGUGGUAACUCCAUACCUCGAAGAAAAUCAAACCAUGUUGUUGUAUUCAAUAGCUUGAAGAGCAGUGUGAACCAAAGCUUUGAGUCUUAUGCAUUUUUAUAGAAUAUUGCUGCAUAGCUAUUCAUAAUAUAUCUAUCUAAACAUACAUGGAAUUAUUAAAUAAGGAAAAAAAAGAUGCAAUAACUGCGGGAAUAAAAUUUAUGGUCCCUGUUUGAAGAAAACCACCACUUCCCUGAAACUAUUAGGGGAGAAAGGAAAAAAUAUUCUGGCCUUAAGAUAUGACAGGAAGGUCAAAGUCUGUUUAACAUAAUGAGCGAAUCAGGUUUUCUUGGGACUGCGAUUAAAAUCUGCAGUGCACUGUCAUUGAAUUUUAGUAUUUUAGUUUGUGUGCUUCUGAAUGUUUGUGAAGGCACUUUUCCUGUUUUCCAUGAGCACAAGGCUGCUGCCAUACUAAGAGUGCUUAGAGAAUAUGCUUUCCCAGUAAAUGUCUGGAGUGUACGACUUGUCCUGUCAGUCUUGCCAAGUGUGUAUUAGUUAUGUGAAGAAAUGCGUGCUUUUUAACGCGCUAUCAUUGAAGGGAUGAUUUAGUGACCAGUAAAGCUGCCUAAAAAAAAAUUCUUUUAAUGUGACACAUGAUCGCUGAUACAGUGAUUUGUUUAUGCAAAUAAAUUGAUGACCAGAAA